GGGUAUGAAGCAGCUGAUCCUGACGACGUCACUCCGCUCCACAGCAGAAGCUCGUCGCUGAUCAACAGAGCGAGUGGGAGGGUGAGCCGUUUUUCAAGUAUGGCGUUUGUUAAAAGCGGAUGGCUCCACAGACAGAGCACCAUCUUGCGGCGCUGGAAGAAAAAUUGGUUUGACCUCUGGUCAGAUGGCCGUCUUAUUUUCUAUGAUGACCAGCAACGACGUGACAUGGAGGACGAGAUCCAUAUGAGGGUGGACUGCAUCAACAUCCGGAAUGCCAAUGCGUGUAGAGAGCUGACCCCUCCUGAAGGAAAGAGCAGAGACUCCCUUCUUCAAAUCGUGUGCCGUGAUGGACGCAUCAUCAGCCUCUGCGCAGACAGUGCAGAUGACGCUCUAGCCUGGACCAUGGCCCUCCAAGACGCCAGAAUCAACACUGUGGUGGCACCCCCUCAGUUUGGGUUUACACAGGAGGUGAAUGCCUCUGCCCCGCCUUCAUAUGCGGAAUUAAAUCCGACUCCUCAGGUGUACUAUCCGGACCAGUAUGGAGGCUACAUCCCUCAUCCUCCUCCCCCCUAUGCGGCCCAUGUGGUUUACUCUGCAGGUGGGCAGCCGUAUACGUUUGCCUCCCCGUAUCACUACCAAGGAGCCUACCCCCCACGUGAAGUCAACCACGUCAUCAUUGAGGACCGUCGCCGUGACGACGCAGGAGAUAUGGCUCUCGGGAUGCUGGCCGGAGCUGCGACGGGAUUGGCUAUCGGUUCCCUUUUCUCUGUGUUUUAACGUGCCUGUGGAGUUAAGAUCCCGUCUUUCCUGUCCUUCUGAGACCCUUUGCAGUUCAGACUGUGUUCUGCUACUGUCCUAACAUUGCUGCAGCUCCAGUGUAUCUUAAUAACUAGGUCUAAUGCGUUAGCUGUGUCGAGGGACACGUUUGUGAUCUGUUUGGCCUUUAAUCCCUCUGUAUGUACUAAAGCCUCACGGUAGCAUUUACAACUGGGGUGCAGUAGAACUGAGUUUGUUUUGCACUUUGCUACAUGUAAGACAGUGUGAAACAGUUGUAAAUCAGAACACUAUUCAAAGGCCUUAUGGUGGUUGAUCAUAAAACUAGGUCACCUGCUUAGAUUGUCUUUGAAGAUUGUAAAGGUAUUGAAGGAAGAACGAUUGUACUCACCAUGGUGUCUGUUCAGUUUAAGACGAUUGGUCUUGUAUUAUCCUUUUAUGUACCUCCCUAAUAUUGCUGAGACCAAACAUGCAUGAACUGACACUUUGCAGGAAAAUGAAUGUGUCCCAUUCUUGAAUUGUUGGAUUGGUCCCAGCAAACUUAAAAGUACAUUUUGCAGCACAAAAACAUUUGAUGAUCUGUAAAAUGGUCAGGUUAUUAGUUGUCCUAACAAACAUGAAACAUGACCAGCACAUUAAUGUAUUUCUGUCAUUUUGAAACAAGUUUCUAUGACAUGAGCUUUGCAUUUUGGACACUGGUUAAUCUGUAUUGAUCUGUACGAUCUGGAGUGGCGAUGACUUUUCUGGGUUCUUUGCCGUUUCUGAACCGGCUUAUUUGGGGGCCUAGCGUGUACAUAGACUUCCAUUGUGGCUUUAUGAGGAGACCUACAGAUCCAACCGUUAAACCCCCAAAAAAGGAGUGUGGCUGCAUAUAUCAGAUAGCAGUUUGGUUGAGAAUUACAGGGUCUUUCUUUUAAUUGGCACUUUAACCAGUUGGUAUCUGGGAUAGCAUUAAUUAGUAGAAUGGACACGACCCUUGUGGCGAUUUAGGUUGGUGACGAGUACGAAUUUUCUGUAUGUGUGGUCUGUUUUCUGUACGGAACUACCAUAUACUGAUCUGUGUGCAAACAAGACAUUUGCAGUGUCCUUUUUUUUCAGUAAAAAGCACAUCCCACCCUCCCACUAUCAGGUUUUAUUCACCUCCAAAACAAGAGGAAAUAGCAAUAUCUGCUAGCAGUGUAAAAGAAUCGUUUGGCAACAUAUUUAUGCAUUUUUUUUCCAUUUCCCUACAUGUAGUUGAUCAAAAAAGGCUUGUCAUAAUCAUGGAAUUUUAGCUGACAAUUAUUUGCCAUAUAAAUAAGUAUGAUUAACAAAUUUGUUGCCUUUUUUCGUUGAUAAGUAAAUUACAAGCCUAAAGGGGCCAAAUUGUCUGCUUAGCUAUUUGCUUCCUAGCUGUCGAUACUUGGUAGUUCCCAAUUAAUGACAGACACAGCUUGAGCUCGAAUAAAAUAACGUUACUCACUGCUGCCCCUAAAGGUGUUAUAGCACCAGUCAGAGGAUAGAUGGGAAUGUUCAAAAGUGGCAGUUUUUGUCCGAAAUUUUUGGCCAAUAAAGUGUAAAAAUAUAAUACUUAAAUAAUGGUAAUAAACACACAAAUCUGAUUAAAACCUAUUUGUUCCUUUUGCUCUCCAGUACAGAUGUAUUCAAACAGUAGCGGAUCAGCAGUAGCGGAUCAGCAGUGGGGGGAGAAUGAAAGAUGGCCGUGUGAAGCUAUUAUAUUGUUCUACACGAGACAUUAGAUUACACAUUUAUAAUCUCUGAGUAUCAAGAGAGGAUACGGUGCUCAAGAACCUCUCCACUACAGGUUUGAUACUACGUGAGGUUACAACAGUCCCCACUUGCAUGCUGACUGCAUCUGUAGUGUAACUGUCUUUUGUUUCGGCCAGGAAUUUUCAGUUUGGUCCAUCACCAAAUACAACCAAUAGAAGUGCAUGUUUGUCAUCUUUUUUAGGACACUGUUCGGCUUGGCUAUGUUUCUGUUUCUCCUCGGCUCUGAAAGUAGACACCGCUGAAUGUUGCCAUCAACCCGUCUACUUCCAUCUAUGAUCCGUGCCAGAGCUCUGCUUUGGAUCUGAAUGUCCAUUCUGCUUGUUCUAGCAGUAACAUUAGUUGGGGAGUGAAUGUAAGAGUAGCACUAGAGCCUCCUCUUCUUCCAGCUCCAGCUUUACGUCUGUGUUUUGAGCGAGGCCUUCACAGAAACCUCAUUUGACCUACACUCCUAAAGUGCUUAUUUGAUAAGGUGUUCCUUUAUUAUCAUGCUGCUUUUUCUGCAGAAUAAUAAUGCUUUAAAAACGCUCCUCUGCAGUGUGAACUUAUUUAUUCUGGUUGUCUUAUGAGAUUGUUUGUUUUCAUCGUUGUGAUUUUUUUUUUUCUUAUUUGUGAAAAAUUGGUUUCAAAUGGAGCAGCGCAGUUGUGACUCAGCAAGGCCAGGAAUGAGUGAUUUUACAGGGAAAAUAAGAAAACGUCAUUAGAAAUGGGCAUUGUCUCGUCCGUUCAUUUGGUCAGUUUUCAUAUCAAAGUUACUGUAACGUUUACUGGUUUAAUGGUUUAAUUUAAUAAUGAUUUAAUUUGUUAUUUAUUGACUACAUUUAUUGUCACUUUGCACAUUUUAUCACAAUAUAAAUUAGAUGAGAGAAAUUAUAUUUGAGUUGUAUUUGACUUUAUUUGACAUACGUUAACAGUUGUACAGAUGCAUAACCGAUACGCCCUGGCCUGUACUUUAUGGACCAGCGAAGUAGAAAAUUCCAGAAGGUGAUAUAGGUGACGCUCUUAUUCUAAACAUUUCCUCUUCAUGUUACUGUCUGUGUCUGCAGUUGCACUACUUGUUGCUCAAACAUUUUACUGUUUGCUGCAUUGCAAUAUUUUACUGUCAUGAUUGUGAUCAAUAAAGUACUUAACCUGAAUAACA